GUGUUUAUCUCUGCAUGAAGCGUCUGCCAACGUUGUAAUGAUUGCCAUUUUUGGAAGAACUCAUCAAUUAAUUCAAUCAACUAUUAAGUAUAAAAUUAUUUUACCAUAAGAAAACAAUCAAUUGAACUUUCAAUAUUUAUCUUUUAUUUUUGGAAAUUUUGAUGAGAGAAGUGAAAUUUUAUUGCAGACAACUGGAAUAAACAGCUGACUCUAAUGGCACAUGACCUUCAAACAAAAUACAGUCUGAAAACUCAGAAAAAUAACAUUGAUUGAGGUUAAACAUUUUAAAAUGGCAUCUAAAAAUGUAAUUAAAUUUGCACCUAGAAUUAAAGAAAUCAGACUGCACUUAUGUCAAACAGGAGCUGAAAGCCAAGGAGCAAGGGACUUUGUGUCAAAGUUCUACGUUCCGCUCAAGAAAGUGAACCCCACUCUUCCAUUCCUGAUCAGGGAAUGUAGUGGAGUACAACCAAGGUUAUGGGCAAGAUAUGAACAAGGCAAAGAGAGCAGCAUCUCUAUCAAAGGACUGGAAGCCGAGAAUGUCUACAAAGAACUUGAAAAACUUGCAAAAUAGAGAUCUAUUCAUUAUAGCUUACUUUAAUUUGUACAUAGAAUAAUGUGUUGAAAAUAGUAAUAAAUCUCUUCAGUUACA